CUUUGCACUGAGGAGAGUCAUCAGCAUUUGUUGGACAUCCUUCUCAUCCUCCUCCAUCUUCCUCCUACCUCCCAAGAAGAUGGCUGGCUUGUGCCGAAUGACCCUAACACUGGUCCUGUUGCUGUCUGCUGGAAAGAGUUUGGCUGGUGUGGACAAAAACCACCUGGCAAGAAUUGUAAAUGAGAUGUUGUACAGGUAUAGACCAAGCUACGUGGCCAAUGGGGGUCAAAGAAGACGCCCAAUGUUCAGUUUGGCAGUAACCAUCCCGUACGACAGUGAAAGCCAAAUGUAUGAUACCAGUCAAGUGACUGACACUGCUGACGACGUGAGGGAUGAGAUCCUAAAAUGUGAAGUGUACACUGGAAGGAGGGUGGUUGCAGCCACAGUUCUUAGAUGGCCCGAUGUUGUGGAUCAGUGUCCUAAUGGGCGAGUGCAAUGGCGUCAUGUUCUGACAAAUUGUGGUCAAACGUCCAUGACAUGGGGUGAUGUUAAGCAACAGUGCCCUUCUGCAGUUCGCGAGGGAACAGCUGAUCAUGCAGAGUACCGUACUCUGCAGCACCUUAACACUUUGGUCGAAAAUCUAAAUGAAAACGACCUCUUGCUUUUCUAUGUUUUAUCUUCCCCAUGUGUUAAAAGAUGUACAAGUGAAUCAAGCCACUGGAACAUUCUCAAUAGCAUUAAUCAGAUUUUGAAAUGGAAGAACUAUGCUGUUGUGUUUUCCAAAGUAUUCAAGCCACGUAAAGGUGCACCCAUACCUGAGCAGGAGCUACGUGGAGCCCUUGAGCGGCUUGGGACGCACAGGGGUUCCCUUGGAUCAAUUGGUCUGAGCAACAUAUUCCGUUGUGACGGACAGCCUGCAGUGCAGUGCACAAGCUGCUCUAAUGGUAAUCAAGUUGCCCGCUAUUGUGUUUCAGGCAAUUCAGAACCUUCCUACAUGUAUCCUCAACAAGGCAGAAGUGAUUCCCCCUCACAAAGUGGUCGGGGUGACAGAGGCGAACAAGGUAGAGGUCAAGGCAGCACUAGCAGAGGCAAAGUCAGAAAAGUGGGUGGACGCAGAGUAGGAAAAAAACAAAGAGAUGCAGGGUACAGGCAGAAGAGUGAGCAGUCGCAGAGUAAGAAGCAAAUCCCGUCAAAUAUGAGGAAGGAAACACAGAGCAGAGGGACAAGACAAUGGAGAGAGGAGGUACAGCGGUGGGCUUCAAGGCAGAGUAACAAGAGGCAGAGGAGUAAGAGUAGGGGUCGAAGUGGAGAAAUGAGGAGGGCUGAUCAGCUGCAGAAGAGGUGGAAAAAGAAGAAGAGGGGGUAAAGACAGAAGAGUUUGGUUUGCAGGAGCAGAGGAGGGAGGUGCAGAGGAAAGCACGUGAUCAUCUUAAAAUCUAUAAACAGCCAUAACUCCCAAAAUAUGCAUUUACAUCCACACUGUUCUUGGUGCAUGUCUUGCCAAAUGAACUUUACAUUAUGUAAAAACUAUACAUGAAUGAUUUUAAUGGCUGUAACUCGGUGGUAAUGAGUCUGACUCUGGCCUUCAAAUGCAUAAUUCAUCCCAAUGCCCUAACAUACUAAGACUGAGAUAUUUAGUGUUUGUGUGCCGUGAAUGUGAUCCAAUGUGAGAUGAAUGAAUUUUAGUUUUCUUGUUCUGACACAAAUAUACAUGCAAGUAUAGGCAGUACUGACAAUCUGGGAGUCAAUCCAGCCACCCCAACAUAUAUUGUCUUUAAACAACAUACAUAGUACCAAUGUCUGAUCAAUUUUCCAUAUUUACAACGACACAACAAUGUAUGAGAUGAGUAUGUGUGUAAGGACAGAGGAUUUUUAGAGAUUAUAGGGCCUGCACAGUAGUGAGAGCAAAGCUUUCCAUGCUUGAAGAUUUCUGAUGCUCUGUGAUACAAAAUUUGCUCAGUGUGUGUGUAUAUGUGAAUUAUUAUUAUUUUUAUUGUGUUUCAAAUUUAUCAGCUUAAAAAAGGAGUCGGAUAUAUUUUAAUGUCAGUUUUUACAGUAUUAAUGUCACUGUAUUCUACAUUUCUGUUAAUUUUCUGAUUUUCUGUUCUUAGUGAUUAAAGCUUGGCUCAGCAUCCA